GUCCCAGGGAGGCAGCAAGGCCCUGUUCCCUGGGGCGGCCCCAUGGAGCUGCCCGUGGCGCUGUGACCUGCCCACAUGUGACUCUCCCAGGACUGUGCAUCCGCGCCAUGGCCAGCAACAGCAGCUCCUGCCCCACGCCGGGGGGCGGGCACCUCAACGGGUACCCGGUGCCCCACUACGCCUUCUUCUUCCCGCACAUGAUUGGGGGCCUCUCGCCGCCGGGCGCGCUGGCAGGCAUGCAGCACCAGCUGCCCGUGAGUGGAUACAGCACCCCCUCGCCAGCCACCAUUGAGACGCAGAGCACCAGCUCCGAGGAGAUCGUCCCCAGCCCCCCGUCUCCGCCCCCGCUGCCCCGCAUCUACAAGCCCUGCUUCGUGUGCCAGGACAAAUCCUCCGGCUACCACUAUGGGGUGAGCGCCUGCGAGGGCUGCAAGGGCUUCUUCCGCCGCAGCAUCCAGAAGAACAUGGUCUACACCUGCCAUCGUGACAAGAGCUGCAUCAUCAACAAGGUGACGCGGAACCGGUGCCAGUACUGCCGCCUGCAGAAGUGCUUCGACGUGGGCAUGUCCAAGGAGUCCGUCCGGAACGACAGGAACAAGAAGAAGAAGGAGGCACCAAAGCAGGAGUGUUCGGAGAGCUACAUCCUCACGCCCGAGGUGGAGGAUCUCAUUGAGAAAGUGCGCAAAGCCCACCAGGAGACCUUCCCCGCCCUCUGCCAGCUCGGCAAAUACACUACGAACAACAGCUCGGAGCAGCGGGUCUCGCUGGACAUCGACCUGUGGGACAAGUUCAGUGAACUCUCCACCAAGUGCAUCAUCAAGACGGUGGAGUUUGCCAAGCAGCUGCCCGGCUUCACCACGCUCACCAUCGCUGACCAGAUCACCCUGCUCAAGGCCGCCUGCCUGGACAUCCUGAUCCUGCGGAUCUGCACGCGCUACACGCCGGAGCAGGACACCAUGACCUUCUCGGAUGGGCUGACCCUGAACCGAACCCAGAUGCACAACGCCGGGUUCGGGCCGCUCACCGACCUGGUCUUCGCCUUCGCCAACCAGCUGCUCCCGCUGGAGAUGGACGAUGCUGAGACCGGGCUGCUCAGCGCCAUCUGCCUCAUCUGCGGGGAUCGCCAGGACCUGGAGCAGGCCGACAAGGUGGACAAGCUGCAGGAGCCGCUGCUGGAGGCGCUGAAGAUCUAUGUGAGGAAGAGGAGGCCCAACAAGCCCCACAUGUUCCCCAAGAUGCUGAUGAAGAUCACGGACCUGCGCAGCAUCAGCGCCAAGGGCGCCGAGCGGGUGAUCACGCUGAAGAUGGAGAUCCCCGGCUCCAUGCCGCCCCUCAUCCAGGAGAUGCUGGAGAACUCGGAGGGCCUGGACACGCUGGGCGGGCAGCCGGGCGCCUCCCGCGUGAGCAGCCUGGCGCCGCCCCCCGGCAGCUGCAGCCCCAGCCUCUCGCCCAGCUCCAACAGAAGCAGCCCGGCCACCCACUCGCCGUGA